CGUGGAAAGCGGGCGAUCCGGACAGGCGCGGGACUUGGGGACAGGAGGACAGACAACACCGGUGGCGAGGUGACGGAGGGCGUGCGGUGUCAUGUUUUCCGCGGACAACUUCCACGCGCUGAGCCAUGGAGACCCGCGCCAGCAGCAAGCUGUGGUGAGCGGUAACGGUGCAGAGAUGACGGGGGGUGCGUGCUCCAAUAAGCUGGGGGGUUCGCGCUCGGCGGGCCACAUGCGCCUGCUGUUGCUCAUCCUCAUCCCUGUUAUCUGCACUCUCGCCUGCCUACUACUGGUGCUGCUAGUCUUUACAGGUGUGAUUGGGAACACCUUCCUGGAGUCAGCUGGCUUGUCGGGAUUCUCGGUGGCCGUCACAUUGAGUCAUCCUGUCGCCCAGGACAACGACAACAACAGCAGCAGCAGCUCUUCCCCUGUCGCCAUGACAACAACCACAACAGAAACCUCAUCAUCAUCAUCAUCACCAACAUCGUCAUCAUCAUCGUCGUCGUUGUCUCCGCGGGCAACCAUUGUUUCUCAGCCGCACACGCAAGGCAUGGGCCAUUUGAGACCUAGAGAGACUGACAACACUUCAUCAUCGUCAUCAUCGUCAUCAUCAUCGACAACACAGUCAACACUAGUGUCAACAUCAUCUUUGUUGUCAACAUCAUCGGUGGUGUCCCAGACCACGCCCCCUCCUUCCAAGCUGCCUUUUGAUUGGCAGACGACCACGCCGAGCUUCCUGGGCUUCUUGAACACGCCUACUGUUGAGCCCACCACUGCAGUGCCAGACCUGGGUGUGUGUGUGGACAUCACGGAGCCGCAGUGUCACAUGUUGCCGUACAACCGCACGGGCGUGUCCUCCUCGCCGGGGGCGACGGUGGUGAAGAGCGGCGAGCUGGAGAUGUUCCUCAAGUUCUUCUCCUACCUGGGACGCCUGGGCUGCUACACGCACAUCAUGCUGUUCGGAUGCAGCCUGGCACUCCCACAAUGCAUCAGCAACGGCACUGACAGGCGGCUGGUGUACCCGUGUGUGGGCUUCUGCGAGGCUGCUCGUGAGGGCUGUGAGCCGGUGCUCCAGAUGUUCAACGCCUCCUGGCCCGACUUCCUCCGCUGCUCGCAGUUCUCCAACGGAACACUCAGGCCCGCCCUCGCAACGCCGGAACCCGGGUCCAGUUCCGGAACGCCCACUGCUGCUGCUGCUGCUGCUACGGUGGUGCCUGGAGGCGGGGGAGCGGGAGAUCCGGGCCUGUGUUACACCCCUCGACACAUCAAAGGCAAACCUUCUCUGUGCGGGGGCAAUGAUAACUUCAUGUGUGCGACGGGUCUCUGCAUCCUACAUAAGCUGGUGUGUAACGGCUACAAUGACUGUGACGACUGGAGCGACGAGGCAGACUGCAGCUGUGGUGAGGGGGAGUUUGAGUGUGUGACGGGCCGCUGUGUGAGCCCGGCCCUGCUAUGUGACGGAUACGACGACUGUGGAGAUCUGAGUGACGAACACAACUGUGUGUGUGAUUCCCAUAGGGAGCACAGGUGCGGGGAUGGCCGCUGCAUACCUAAGGACUGGCUGUGUGACGGGGAUCACGACUGUGUGGACAAGAGUGACGAGGUCAACUGCUCGUGUAAGGCGCAGGGUCUCCAGGAGUGUCGUAAUGGCCAGUGCAUCCCCAGUGCAUUCCGCUGUGACGGCGAGGAGGACUGCAAGGAUGGCAGCGACGAGCACAACUGCACACACACGCAGACUCAGAGUCUGUGUGUAUCCGGCUGCAGCUCGAGUUCCUGUCCCUCAGGUUGCCAGGGCAACGCCCCCUGUGACCCCAGCAACUCCACCUGCAGCCGCUGCGAGCCCAUCUCCCUGGAGCUGUGCGUCAACAUGCCCUACAACUCCACAGUCUUCCCCAACUUCCUGGGCCACCGCUCCCAGCGGGAGAGCUCCGUCAGCUGGGAGGCCAACCUGUUCCCGGCCCUGGUGCAGACCAGCUGCUACCGGUACCUCAUGUACUUCGCCUGCACUCUGCUGGUGCCCAAGUGUGACCCGCACACACACCAGAGGGUGCCGCCAUGCAGGUCCCUGUGCAGGAGCUCCAAGGAGCGCUGUGAGUCGGUGCUAGGCAUUGUGGGAUUGCCGUGGCCAGAGGACACCGACUGCGCUCAGUUUCCUGAGGAUGGUGGAGACAUGCAAUGCCUGCUACCUGACCCAGAUGUAGAUGAGUGUUCUCCGAGCCACUUCACAUGCCGCUCAGGCCGAUGUGUGUUGGCCACAAAGCGUUGCGACACGCACAUGGACUGUGACGAUGACAGCGAUGAAGAAAACUGCGGCUGUGUGCAGAGGGGGCUGUGGGAAUGUCCGGGGGACAAAGGCUGCAUCAGUCACUCCAUGAUCUGCGAUGGCUUUCCUGACUGCAGCCUCAAAGAGGACGAGACCAACUGCUCGGUGUGCAAUGAGAACGAGAUGGAGUGUAACAACCACGAGUGUGUUCACCGCACCCUCUGGUGUGACGGGACCAAGCACUGUUCAGACAGCUCCGACGAGUGGAACUGUGUCUCCCUCUCCAACACCUCGACCUCGUUGAGUGUGUACCGCUCGGGGGGCGAGUACCAGGUGUGUGCUGACGGCUGGAGCCCCGGCCUGAGCGACCUCACCUGUGCCCAGCUGGGUUUAGGGCCACCUGUGUCCAUUCGUGAGGUUGAGGAGUUUGCCGUGGGCAGAAGGCGCUGGCUACACGUGCAACAGGACUGGCACCAGCACAACGGCAGCAGUGCACUACAAGCCGUACUUGAGAAGAGAAGGGGGGACGCCAGUCCUCCCUGGCUGCCGUCCAGCGCGCCACACUGCGUGCACACCUCGACGCGGGAUAUGGUGAUAUUCGGGGACAUCUACAGACUGCCGAUAUCACGCGUGAACUUCUGA